CGGCUUGGCUGAACGUUGGCUCAAAACUCUUAAGAGACAUUCGAGAACUACCUAGCUGGUGACACGGGGGAGACGACAGUUUUAGGCGGUUGGCAUAGGAGCUAACAAUUAAGAAGAUAUUUCCGGCGUGUGAGAAUCGUUGCAUUUCCGGUUCAUUGGCUGGCUGCUGCUGGGCUUGAUAGAAAAACUACCAUAGGAUUAAUGAUGUGAAGUGAGUGAAACUUAUGAAUAAUUCAACCGGAUGUUAUUUGUGAGCGAGCACGUUGCUAUUUAGGUUGUUGCAUUCGGGCACAAGUGGGAAAGCGGAAAUCAACGACGUUGCAACAGGUUGUAUGUUGAAAUUAGCGCUGUUGUGGAACCAUCAAUCAUGAAUCGAGCAAUACUACAGAUAACUUUUUGGAUAAUGCUCCUAGAGAGCAGUUUUGUACUGUCUAAACCGGUUAGUGGUAGAACGCAGGGCAAAAAUACUGCAGCAACUAAAUCAUUGGAAGUACCCAGAGCUUUGGAAGUGCAGUAUGAUGAUUAUCCGAUGGUCGUUCCAAAACGUGCCGCCAUGCUGCUGGAUCGAUUAAUGGUGGCCCUUCAUCACGCCCUGGAAAAAGGCGAAGGCGAAGAUGGCGGAUCCCGGCCCAUCAACAAAGUUUACCGGGACGCCAAAUACGGAGGCCGCCCAGUGAUAGCCGGGAUGGUCAAACAGCAGCCCGCCCUGGCCGCAUCCAGUGGACCGAAUAAAGCCGAGCAACUGAUGAAGUCCUAUUAUGCCGAGGCAGAGGCUGGGGAAGACCUGGACGAGGCCAACGUGAUCCCCGAUGAUCUGGAUGAGUACGAGGGCCGGAAGGAGCUGCUGGACGAAAUGUUUGCUUUUUAACCACUUUUAGAUGGACAUCCAAACGAGGGGCACUGAAGACAAAACGAAAAAGGGCCGAUAUUGGAAGUGUUACUUUAAUGCCGUUAGCUGUUUCUAACUCUCCGGUGUGGUUAAUCUUGAGUGUUUAGAAUAUUUCACCCUAGCUCAGUAAGAUUCAUGAAAGAAAAAAAACACAACAAUCAAAAUAACAGUUUAAAAAAACAAUCAAAGCACGCAAACAGUGACAGUGAUGAUAAUUGUUCUAUCAUGGCUUAAGAAAAAUCAAAUCCUAAUUUGACAAAAAAAUUCAAAAGAACUGAAUACUAUUUAACUAAAAUAUUACAGUUGUAUAAUAAAAUUAUACACUUAUACCGAAUCAACUAACAGCAGUAACUAAAUAACAUU